GAGGAUCCGAACCCACUCUAUAAAUAUGCUAGGGUUUAGGAGAGAACCCAAAAGGCUCCUCCCACUGGGGUUUAAGGGACGUCUCUGAUUUUACCCAUUGAACUUCGUUAGAAUCCAUAACGUUUCUUCUGAUCAAUGGCUUUCUGGGGGGUUGAGGUUAAACCUGGAAAACCGUUCACCCAUAAAUUUGACAGGGGGAGAGGAAGGCUUCACAUUUCUCAGGCAACAUUGGGGCUUGGCUCGUCCACAAUGAAGAGCUUGGUUCAGUGUAAUGUAGGAAAUAAGAGUCCAGUUUUCCUAUGUGCUUUGUUGCCUGAUAAAACAGAAUCAUGCCAUUUGGAUGUCGAAUUUGAAGAGGAUGAUGGGGUUAUCUUUUCUGUUAUUGGUCCUAGAAGCGUUCACCUCACUGGUUAUUUUCUGGGUUCUGGUCGGCACUCAGAUCCUGAUGAUGACACAGAAUCCUACGGGGAGGACAUUGGAAACACAGAGACAGACGCAUCUGAUCAUUCCAGUGAUGAAGAUGGGUAUGAUGAUAGCUUUAUUGAUGACGACAAUCCUGAUGUUUUUCCAACUUCUCCUGUUUCAAAUGAUGAAGUGGUUGGGGAUGAGAUGUUGGAUACCAAGAAGCUAAAGGAGAGGAAAGGCAGGCAGAAGAGGCGACUUAAGAAGAAAUACCAGUCCUGUGAAUCUGAUGACCAUCGUUCACCACUGAAAAAUAUUAUCAGUUGUUUCUCUGGACUAGAAAGUGAUGAUGAUGACAAAUUCCCAAUUUCUUUCCUCGAUAAAAGUAGAAAAGCCAAAGAUGAUGGCCCCCUUGGUAAAACAGAAGAUGAAGGCAUGAUUGCGAUUAAUCAAACAAAUCAAGUUGAUGCUGUUCUUGUAGAUGGUGAGUCACAAAGGGGCGUGGACCUUCCAUGUAGUUCGUUGCUGCAUUCUGAGGUAAAGGUGCCUGAGGAUGGCUUUGGACUAAAGAAGGAAAGGAGAGAAAGGCCUAGUGUGAGCAAAAGUCUUGAAGCUGAUAUCCUUAAUUCCUACGAUGCCCUUGAAGAUAAAUUGCAGCACACAGAAGAAUAUACUCACAGAGUUGGCCAGGAUUUGCUUGUGAAGGGAGUUGAGCCAAAUCAUUCUUUGCUCCCUUCUAAUGAGUUGGGCGUCAAGAAUCACACUAAGUCAAAGAAGAAAAGGAAAGAAAGGACGAAGGAAUGGAAAACACCAGAGUCUGGUGGUCUUAAAGAUUGCAAAGCCCUCCAAGACAAAGCAGAGGAUCAGAAGCCAGCUACUGACAAGGGAAGUUACGAGUUGCUGCCUUUUAGUGAAACUGGCUCAGAAAAUGGUGGAAAGCAAAAGAAGAGAAGGAAAGAAUGUGCUGCUGAGGGAAUAUCUGUUGAAGGUAGAGCAAACGAUAAUAAUGUCCUGAAAGAGCAUACGACAAAACAGAAAGAAGACAAAAGUGAAGAUGAUCAUCCAACAAGUGAACAAGAUCAGAAGUUCUCCGAUAUUAAGAGUGUUGACAUUGAUUCCAAUCAUGUAGCUGAUGGAGAUCAACCUGGAGACAAGAAAAGUAAAAAGAAGAAAAAGAAGAGUAAAAAUCAGGAGUACAAGGAAAAUAUGGAUAUUAAUGAGCCUCUAUUGCCCUUGGAAGGAAAAAACAGGUCCAGCAAGGUAUUUGAGGACAAGAAUGUGGAAGCCAAGCCAUCUCAAACAAGGACCUUGUCAAAUGGGUUGAUCAUUGAAGACUUAGGAAGUGGUAAGCCUGAUGGAAAAGUAGCUGCUCCAGGGAAAAAGAUCACGGUCCACUAUGUUGGCAAGUUGAAGGAGAAUGGACAAAUAUUUGACUCAAAUAUUGGCAGUUCUCCCUUCAAGUUUCGUCUCGGUGCUGAUGAUAUUAUAGAAGGAUGGAAUGUUGGCCUCGAUGGAAUGCGAGUUGGUGACAAAAGAAGGCUCAUUAUCCCACCAUCUAUGGGAUAUGGGAGUCAAGGAGUUGCUGCUGAGAAUAUACCUCCGAACUCUUGGCUUGUAUACGAGGUUGAAUUGAUUGGCGUUCGCUGAGUGUUUUGCUGCAUCGACGUUACUAUUCGUCUUGUUCUUCCUUUCUGUUACUUCUACAUAACCUAAAAAUACCGACUGGAUGGCCGAUCCCAAAAAACGUGGGGUAACAGUCAAAAUCAGGUUUUGAAUACGAUGUUAUGGUGACAAACUUGUGUUGACAUUAUCGGACCACCCCCCCAGGCAGGGUUUUUUGGCACUAGUUAACCCUGAAGAGUCUGGCAACAAAUACGUUUAUUGAUCUCGUGGACAUAGUCGAGUUCAUGUUGUCUGUCAGCUAUCUACAUAUGCAUUGGACUUUUACUUGCACAUGAUGUGGAUUUUUCAGCUUUCUUCUGCUUGAUUGAAAUGGAAUGGCUGUUAUUUUGGAGUUUCA